AUCGCAUAGUCUCAGAAAUAAGACGAGGUGUAGACAAUGUCUUUUGUCCUAACUGGGGUUGUAGAAAAUACAUAUCACACACUAUGUUAAAGCUUCAUCUCUCCGAAGAGGAACGAGUUAUCUUUGCUUCCAAUCUUGUUGCUAGUAAAAAAAGGUUUACCAAAAUGGAGAAGGGCCGCUUUGGGAACUUUCUCGAUAAUGCUAAAAUCAUAUCACACAUUAUCAACCCGUGUUUGUAUGAUGUUGAGGAUGCAACUGGUUAUUUCUUAUACUCCUUUACCCUCAACGAUGAACGUCCAAAGUAA